AUGGGGGAAUACAUACUAGAGGAUGCUGCUCAUUUAAUAAUGGGGAAGAGUGAAAGGGAGAAAGCACGAGAUGUGGUUCCCAAUAUCAUCUUAAAGGUUGGCUUAAUCAACCUCUUCAAUGUUGGGUCCCAAGGAAGCACCACCAGAAGGAGGAGCUCCUCCACCAGGGAAGCCCCCAGGCAUUCCUCCAGGCAUGCCACCUGCACUCUGGUAGAGCUUGGUGAUGAUGGAACAGCUGGUGGAGUCAUGACAGUUCUCAUCAAGCGCAAUACCACCAUUCCUACCAAGCAGACCCAGACCUUCACUACCUACUCAGACAACCAGCCUGGCGUGCUCAUUCAGGUAUAUGAAGGUGAGCGAGCCAUGAUGAAGGAUAACAACCUGCUUGGCAAGUUUGAACUCACAGGCAUACCUCCCGCACCCCGUGGUGUUCCUCAGAUUGAAGUAACUUUUGAUAUUGAUGCCAAUGGCAUCCUCAAUGUUUCUGCAGUCGAUAAAAGUACAGGAAAAGAGAACAAGAUUACCAUCACUAAUGAUAAGGGCCGUUUGAGCAAGGAGGACAUAGAACGUAUGGUCCAGGAAGCAGAGAAGUACAAGGCUGAAGAUGAACUCCCAAUCCUGGUCCCACAAACUUGA